AUGCUUGUUGCCCUGUCAACUCGGAUCGCUUUCCCGCGACAGCGAUCCUGGAUCUACAACGUACGACGAUGCUGCACUACAACUACAACAACAACAGCACGACAGCAGCAGCCAGUGCGUGUUCGUUUUGCACCUAGUCCUACGGGCUAUUUACACUUGGGUGGUCUUCGAACUGCCUUGUUUAACUACUUGCUGGCCAAAAAAACAGGUGGUGAUUUCAUUUUGCGCAUUGAAGACACGGACCAGAAUCGAUUGGUAAAAGGGGCUACAGAAAAGCUUAUUUCGGUAUUAUCAUGGGCUGGCGUUGAACCUGACGAAGGACCUACUGCUGGUGGAUCGAAAGGACCUUAUGUACAGUCUGAACGAACAGAUAUAUAUCGUGAACACGCUCAGCAAUUGAUCGAGAACGGUCAUGCUUAUAGAUGUUUUUGCACACCAGAACGGAUAGACCGGAUACGACAAGUGGGGUUGAAGCAUGGCAAUCAAAUUGGAUACGAUAGACAUUGUGCACACUUGAGUGACAAAGAGAUCAAUGAGAAUAUGGACAAAAAGCUACCUUUUACUGUUCGGAUGCGAACUCCAGAGGGUGAAACCAAAGUAAAUGAUCUUGUGCACGGCCAAGUCAGGUUCAAUAAUCGAUUAUUAGACGACGGUAUUUUGUUGAAAAGUGAUGGAUUCCCAACGUAUCAUUUGGCAAACGUGGUUGACGAUCAUAUGAUGGGCAUCACGCAUGUGUUGCGGGGAGAUGAAUGGUUACCAUCGACGCCUAAACAUUUGAUUCUCUAUAAAGCAUUCGGCUGGAAAACACCUCAUUUCGCCCACCUUCCUCUGUUGAUGAAGCCUGGCGGUGGUAAACUAUCCAAACGAUCGAACGAUGCCUUUGUGGAACAUUAUAUCAACAAGGGUUACUUUCCCGAAGCACUCAACAACUUUGUGGCGCUACUUGGUUGGAGUCCACCUGCAGGAGAGAAUGAAAUUAUCACCACUUUGGAUGCAUUAGUUGACAAAUUUGAUAUCAAGAGCUUAAACGAUUCUCAAGCAGUUGUGGAUGCUGAUAAGCUGGGAUGGAUCAACAAGCAACACUUGAUCAAGCGAGCAGAGACGGCUGAAGGAAUUCUGUCAAUGGCCAACUACUUGCAGCCUAUCGUCCACAGUACAUUUAGCAGAAGGUGUGUGUCUGACUACAUAGGCAAAGUGAUUGAUGCUGUCAAGGAGCGUAUUCGGGUUAUUCAUGAUGUUCCUGAGUUGUGUGAAUACUUUUUCAUUGAACCGGAUUACACCACAGAGGACGCAAAUAAGUUGAAGAAGAAAUUGAAAAACAAGCCAAAAGAUAUUGUGUUCUCGGAUGCUGCUCGACAAGGGCUUGAAUCAUUAGAAACAUUUGAUACCACAGCCAUCAACAAAUACUGGCAUGACUUGGCAGCUAGUCAUGACGUCGAUUACAACCGGAUAAUGCCGGUUUUGCGCUUUGCAAUGACUGGAAAAGGCGUUGGCACCUCGAUUCCUUUGACCAUGGAAGUGUUGGGUAAAUCAACGUGUUUAGCGCGACUGGAUAAAGCUCGUGAUUUCUUAUAA